UUUCGACCUCCCACGACCAGAUCCAAAAACAGUCGUGGUGAGGGAUGGCGCGACGUGUGAACCAAGGCAACAAGCGUGCAUCGAAGACGUAUGAGCGUCCAGGUCUGAGCGAAGAAGAGAUCGAAGAAAUCCGAGAGGCCUUUAACCUAUUUGACACGGACGGCAGCGGUACGAUCGACCCAAAGGAACUGAAAGCAGCCAUGCAGUCCCUCGGGUUCGAAGCCAAGAACCAGACGAUAUAUCAAAUGAUUGGCGACAUCGACAAGGACGGGUCGGGUUCCAUCGACUUUGAAGAGUUCCUGGACAUGAUGACAGCAAAGAUGAGCGACAAGGAUUCCAAGGAAGACAUCCAGAAGGUGUUCAACCUAUUUGACGACGACGGCACAGGAAAAAUUUCGCUGCGGAAUCUGAAGCGCGUCGCAAAGGAGCUGGGGGAAACGAUGUCGGAUGCAGAGCUGCUGGAAAUGAUUGAGCGGGCGGACGGGGACCAAGACGGGGAAAUCAACCCCGAUGAGUUUUAUGCGAUCAUGACCAAGAAGACGUUUACUUAAACCGACAAUGUACGAUUCAUAAGAUCCGUACAGGUCUCAGUUCGCCGCUUCCGCGCAAAGUAUGUACUGCAUGCUUGCUUGUUGUCUUGGCGCUGCUUGUGUUUCCUUGCACGUAGUUCAUAGGAAGAGGUGCUUUACGACAUCCAUAUUGCAUCAUUUGAACGACCAA